UUAUUUCAAGCUUUAAACCAAUUCUAAGCAACGGUAUUUCUUACAACGCAAUAACAUUUUCUAUGAUGGAAUAAAGUUUAAAGGAAUAGUUUUUCCCCCCAGAUAUUUUAAUCGACUAAAUUAUUUCAGAACAUUGUGACAGUGACAGUACAGCUUGAUUUGUAUUAUAUGGGAGAUUUCUGCCCGUUUCACUCUGCCACGCGCAGGGAGAGCAAGGAUGCAGCAGUCACGCACGCUCACGCACCUCCACCUUCCUCCCCCUGGUGGCUGUGCUCCCGCAUCACCGGCUCCCGUUGUGACUCUCUUUCGGUGAGGGAUGCUGCAGUUCUCCUGCUGGUGCCUCAUCCUCACAUCCGCCUGAUUUCUUGCUGCAUCUCUCCUCACUGCCUUAACCACCACCACCACCACCAUCCUCAUCCUCCUCCUCCCAUCCAUCCACUGCGGGGUUCCUCUGCUCAGCACCUCUCUCUGUUGACUCCGUCCUCAUUAGCUGGCUCAGGAGGUGGACACGAAAUCUGCGGGAAUGCGGUGCCUGGAAUGACUGAUCGUCACAGACUGGCUGUAUUCAUGGAGACAACACAAGACUGCGUCCGUGACAAACUUCAGCGAGGGAAACCUUGGCGAGGUCCCAGGAAAAGAUGGCAUUCUGGAAUAGAAAACCUCACAUUGAGAAAGAACGCAGAGUGAAAGCCAAUUCACGGGAGUACAACGACAAGUUUCUUUAUGCUGACAACCGCAUCAAAACCUCAAAGUACAACAUCUUUACCUUCCUACCUGUUAACCUGUUCGAGCAGUUCCAGAGGGUGGCAAAUGCCUACUUUGUAGUACUGCUGAUACUGCAGCUAAUUCCAGAAAUCUCCUCUCUGUCUUGGUUCACCACCAUUGUGCCUUUGGUUAUGGUGCUGGUCAUCACGGCUGUGAAGGACGCCACUGAUGACUAUUUUAGACAUAAAAGCGACCAGCAGGUCAACAACCGCAAGUCUCAGGUUCUCAUCAGAGGGAGUUUACAGAAGGAGAAAUGGAUGAAUGUUCGAGUGGGGGACAUUAUCAAACUAGAGAACAAUCAGUUUGUAGCUGCAGACAUCCUUCUUCUCUGCAGCAGUGAGCCCUAUGGUCUGUGCUACAUUGAAACUGCAGAGCUUGAUGGAGAGACGAAUCUGAAAGCCAGACAAGCUUUGAGCGUCACCUCAGAUUUGGGAGAUGUUUCAAAACUCCUCAACUUUGACGGAAAAGUCAUCUGUGAGCCACCAAACAACAAGCUGGACAAAUUUACAGGAACACUAAACUGGAGAGGCAAUAAAUAUUCUCUUGAUAAUGGAAAAAUGCUGCUGCGGGGCUGCAUCCUCAGAAAUACUGAAUGGUGCUUUGGAAUGGUCAUCUUUGCUGGAUUGCAAACCAAACUAAUGCAGAACUGUGGGAAAACUAAAUUUAAAAGGACUACUAUAGAUAAACUCAUGAACACUUUAGUUUUGUGGAUUUUUGCUUUUCUCAUAUGCAUGGGGGUUAUUUUGGCAACUGGGAACACAAUUUGGGAGACCUGGAUCGGCAGAGGAUUUGAGAUGUUUUUACCAUGGACUAAGUUUCAGAUCAGCACAGUUUUUUCUGGCUUCCUCACCUUCUGGUCCUACAUCAUCAUCCUCAACACCGUUGUGCCGAUCUCAUUGUAUGUCAGUGUGGAAGUUCUGCGGCUUGGUCACAGUUUCUUCAUAAACUGGGACGUUAAGAUGCACAACCGUCAGACAAACACUGCAGCUGUAGCUCGCACCACCACCCUGAAUGAGGAGCUUGGUCAGGUCGAGUUCAUCUUCUCUGACAAGACCGGCACGCUCACUCAGAACAUCAUGGUCUUCAGCAAGUGCUCCAUCAAUGGAACAAUUUACGGUGAUGUCUAUGAUGAAUUUGGUCACAGGAUGGAAAUCACUGAGAAAACAGCCUGUGUGGACUUUUCCUAUAAUCUCCUCUCGGAUGGUGCAUUUAAGUUCUACGAUAACACCCUGGUCGAAGCAGUGAAACAGAAAGAUCCUGCAGUGCAGGAGUUUUUCAGACUGCUGGCUUUGUGCCACACUGUCAUGUCAGAGGAGAGUGAAGGAAAGCUGGUGUACCAAGCCCAGUCACCAGACGAGGCAGCGUUAGUCACUGCUGCAAGGAAUUUUGGUUUUGCUUUUUGGGCUCGAACCCCAGAAAGUAUCACUGUAUGCGAGAUGGGACAAGUUGUCACCUACCAGCUGCUGGCCAUACUGGACUUCAACAACACGCGCAAGAGGAUGAGUGUCAUUGUAAGAGAUGCACAGGGAAGACUUAGAUUAUACUGCAAAGGAGCUGACACGAUUAUCUUUGAUCUUCUGGAUCCGUCCAGCACAGACCUCAUGCACACUACAUCCGAACAACUCAAUGAAUUUGCAGGAGAAGGGCUUCGAACUCUAGCUCUGGCCUACAAAGAUCUCGAUGAGGAAUACUGUGAUGUUUGGAUGAAGAAGUUUCUAUUUGUCAGUGCCGUGCUUGAGAACCGUGAAGAUCAGCUUGCUGCUCUCUACGAGGAGAUCGAACGGGGCAUGAAGCUUCUAGGAGCAACAGCUAUUGAGGACAAACUUCAGGAGGGAGUGCCAGAAACAAUUUCCAAAUUGAAUCUGGCUAAUAUUAAAAUUUGGGUUUUAACAGGAGACAAACAAGAAACAGCAGUGAACAUCGGCUACUCCUGCAACAUGCUGCGAGAUGACAUGACUGAUGUGUUUGUUGUCUCCGGCCACACACUUACGGAAGUGCAGCAGCAACUCAGGGAGGCUAAAGAGCGCAUCCUCAGUUUGAGUCGAGUCAGUGACGCAAGAAAUGAUGAGGAGAACGACAUGUUUGCAGAUGAUUCAGUGUUUGAAGAAGCCAUCAUAACAGAGUAUGCCUUAGUCAUCAACGGACACAGUUUGGCUCACGCUCUGGAGCCCCAGCUGGAAAUCGUGUUUCUGGACCUGGCCUGUUUGUGUAAAACUGUCAUCUGCUGUCGGGUCACUCCGAUGCAGAAAGCUCAGGUGGUGGAGCUGGUGAGGAAGCACAAGAGGGCCGUCACUCUGGCUGUGGGAGACGGAGCAAACGACGUCAGCAUGAUCAAGACUUCUCAUAUCGGUGUUGGCAUCAGUGGUCAGGAGGGAAUGCAGGCUGUUCUGGCCUCUGACUACUCAUUUGCUCAGUUUCGGUAUCUGCAGAGGCUCCUGCUGGUACACGGACGCUGGUCCUAUUUCCGUAUGUCCAAUUUUUUAAGUUACUUUUUCUACAAAAACUUUGCCUUUACCCUGGUUCACUUCUGGUACGGCUUCUUCUGUGGUUUUUCAGCACAGACUGUGUAUGACCAGUGGUUCAUAACCCUCUUCAACAUUGUCUACACUUCUUUGCCAGUGCUAGCGAUGGGACUUUUUGAUCAGGAUGUUAACGACCAGAACAGCCUUCGCCAUCCGAGUUUGUACAAAUCCGGGCAGAACAAUCUUUUCUUCAACAAGCGGCAGUUUUUCCUGUGCACCGUGCACGGCAUGACCACAUCAUUCCUGCUUUUCUUUAUUCCCUACGGAGCAUUCUCUGUUAUGGUGAAAGAAGACGGGUCCCACUCCUCAGACCAGCAAACGUUUUCCAUCACCAUAGCAACAUCUUUGGUCAUUGUUGUGAGUGUUCAGAUUGGACUGGACACGCAUUACUGGACUGCAGUCAACCAUCUGUUCGUAUGGGGAAGUUUGGCAAUGUACUUUGCAAUAUUGUUUGCCAUGCAAAGUGAUGGAUUGUUUGGUGUUUUUUCAAAUAUCUUUUCAUUUGUUGGAGCGGCUCGUAACUGUCUUUCAGAGAAGAGCGUGUGGCUAGUCAUUCUGCUCACCACUGCAGUGUGUAUUGUGCCUGAUUUAUUUGUUAGAUCCAUACGAGCCAGCCUCUUCCCAACUCAAACAGACAAGGUGCGUCAACUCCAGCAGUCAUGUAAGAGUCAGAGACCAGAGGAGCAGAACCUGAGGCGAGCACGCAGGACAAGCUCUCGCCGCUCCGCCUACGCCUUCUCCCACCAGGAGGGCUUUGGAGAGCUCAUCACCUCCGGCAAAAACAUGAGGACAAGCAGAGUCUCCUCCACAUGCUCCUAUGAAAGAACAGCGCCGAGCUCCAAGUGGAUCGAAAAUGUGAUCAAGAGAACAAACGCAGUCUCAUGCAUCUCCUUUGGAAGCCCAAACAAGCAGCACCAGAGUCUAAAGCAACCGGACAGACUUAACUGUUGAUGAGGGACACUUUACAGAAAUCCAUGAAAAAGGCUCUAAAUCAUCAGCUCUGAUCACAAGUUAUUAAAAGUGGAAAUCAAUGAGUUUUAACUUUCUAGUUAAGUUUUCAAGAAAUAUAUAAAAUAUAAAUGUAUUUAUUAAAUUAAAGGACAUUUUUUGGAAUGAACCUGUUGAACAAAAGCACAAUCUGUCUAAAAAAACUGGAAUACUAAUGCCACAUCUUCCUUGUGAGGUUCAAUCUGUUGUUUUUGUUGAAGACAACUGUGUGUGUUACUUGAUUUUUGAUCAAUGUUCACCUGAAUGUAUUCAAAAACAUAAGGACGCAUUGUAAUAUCUAAAAAUAUGAAUUGCAAACAAUACAAACAAAGACAAGAUGUUCAGUUGCAGAAAACCAAGAAAUGUCGUGGAACAGAUUAAAGAUUGUUUUUUUUAAUAAAGUGAUCAUGUCAAAACGCAUUAAAAA